AUGCCUGGACAGAUUCUCGUAGGGACACUGAUCGACGCACCAACUCACGAUGCACUACGGGUACGCACGAACCAUGUCUGCGUCGUAGGUCCUAAUGGUCGCAUCGCCGUCAUCAAACCCGUGGACCCUGCCACCCAUGACCCGGUGCAAACGGAAGAGGCGAUACGUUCGAGCGUGCCGAAGGAGUACCAGGAGCUCCCGCUUUACUUAAUGGGAGAGCACGAGUUCCUGUGUCCAGGGAUGGUCGAUUGUCACAAUCAUGCGCCGCAGUACCACCAGAUCGGCACCGCGACCGACUACACGCUUUUCGACUGGUUAUUCAACGUCACUUUUCCCAACGAGGCCAAAUGCCAGGAUCUCGUCUACGCCAAGGACCUGUACACUCGUCUUGUGCAACGUCUCCUCCGCAGCGGCACGACUUCCGCACAGUUCUUCGCUACAAACCACAUAGCCCCUACCAAGUUAUUGGUCGAAAUUUGUGCAGCCCAGGGUCUACGGGGUUUCGUGGGGCUUGUCACCGCUGAUCAACACUCUCCCGAUUAUUAUGUGCAGACGACGGAGGAAGCAUUGCGCCUAACCGAGGAGUUCAUAACAUGGACUCAUGCGCACGAGUUUGGCAGGGAGAAACGGGGUCCGGAGGACGCGCUAGUGCACCCAGUCAUCACGCCUCGCUUCGUACCGACCUGCUCGCUCGACCUACUCAACGGCCUCGGCGCCUUGAUGAAGAAGUAUGACGUGCGAGUCCAAUCACACGCAGCAGAGACUGUAGACCAGGUUUUGCGCGUGAAGGAGAUGCAUCCUUCCAUUGGCGGUGGGCGCGACGUCGCGAUAUUCGAGCAGGUCGGCCUGUUGGGAUCCCGAACCACGCUCGCGCACUGCACGCAUAUGCGCGACUACGAGGUGCGCAAAAUGGCUGCAGUCGGCAGCGCAGUCAGCGCGUGUCCCAUCGCAAACAUGAUACAUUCGCGCUCGGUGGUCCCGGUGCCGAGGUAUAAGGCGCUGGGAGUGAAGUUGGGGCUCGGGACAGAUAUCGCCGGCGGAUACUCAGCAUCCAUGCUGGGCCCUCUACGGACUGCGAUCUUCGACGACCGCACAGACUCGUUCGUGAAGGUAGAGAGGGAAGACAAACCCCUUGACCAAUACACGGAUCCUGACCCAAAGACCGAAUGGCCGGUCGGGCAUGUUUGGGCCUAUCAUCUGGCAACAGUCGGCGGAGCCGAGGCGCUCGGGAUCAGCGAUCACAGCGGAUCGCUGGACGUUGGAAAACAUUUCGAUGCCAUCUUGGUGGACAACAAUCGACCGGAAGAAAAGGGCGGUCAGGCGUUUGAAUGGUGGCCUGGAGAAACGCCAGAGAUCAGGUUCGAAAGAUGGAUCAACACAGGCGACGAGAGAAACGUAGCCCGAGUAUGGGUUGCGGGUAGACUGGUUGUUGGUAGGUCGUAG